CGCAUGCGCAUGAAACCAGGCGCGGAAGUGGUCGCUAACCUGCUGUUGUACGACAGCUACAUAUGGACAGAAAGACGCUGUCGUACACGCAAACCCUGAGUGAAGUCGUUUAUAUGUAUCGUUGAAGAGCUCCUCAGAUGCCCCGAACAUGGCAAAGGUUGUUCGGACAACAGCAUUAACGUUAAUUUCAUGCCUCUGGGGUGUUUUCAUGCAGUUCAGUUGCAUGUCAGGUCUUGGGGUUAACGAACUUCUUUAUUUCCGGGUCAUUAGUCCUGAGGAAAUAGGGUACAUCUUCAGUGCAGCCCCUGCUAAGGACUUCGGAGGAGAUUUUACUUCAUCUUAUGAUGAGAUCUUUCUCGUGCCAGCAAAGCCCACAGAUGGCUGCUCUGACCUGGAGGACAGAGAAAUCAUCCAGGGACAAGUAAUCCUGGUGGAAAGGGGAGGUUGCUCCUUUGUACAAAAGGCCCGCCGUGUGGAGGAAGCAGGGGGCAAAGCUGUUCUAAUUGCUGAUAAUGCAGAGGACAAUGACAGCCAGUACCUUGAUAUGAUCACCGAUGGAAGCACUGCCAAACCAAGCAUACCUGCUCUCUUCCUGCUGGGACGUGAUGGGAUGAUGAUCAGAAGAUCUCUUCAGAGACAAGCACUGCCAUGGGCUGUCAUUUCCAUUCCUGUCAAUGUUUCUUCUUUGGCCUCGUUCCCGCUCAAACAGCCCCCGUGGACACUGUGGUAGAAGUGACACACACCCACAUCUUCAUGCACUACUUCACUCAAUAAACCCCCUGUCAUCAGUGUAUAUCCUGUCAGCAGUGAAGAAACUCACAGUCUCACAUGGAAAUUCUUUGCACUGCCGUGGUGGAGAACCAAUAAAAUUAUCAUAAUGUGUAAGUGAUUAUGUCACACAUAAAUACAAAUUCAAAGUCAUGUGGGCUAAACCUUUUGACAGUGUCCACAUGGGCUGACUGCUAGAGCCGUUGGGUCAGCUGGGGACAGAUAAACUCAGUAAGAAAUGUGCAUGCUUAGCUGAAGUUGACUGGUUUGGCCAGUGGUUUUGAAGAGAGUGAGUCUCUUUCCCGGGUGGGUAGUCUCCAGUAGUCUCUCUUCUGUAUGGGUGAUUUGUUGGUAACUUGUCAUUGGAGGAACCAUAAAAUUUGAUGUGCAUUAAUCAGAAUUUUACAUUUUAAAAAGUUUAUAAAAGUCAAAAAUCCAAUAAUCUUAAUUCUGGGCUAUUAAAAAUGCCAGCCACAUGACAGUUUUGACAGGUCUAAAGAAUUAGUUGCAUUACAAAUAGUUAAAGUUUGUUUUGUAACUUGCAUUCAGUUUUGCUUUUGAAGGUCCAGAUUUACAAGUAUCUUUUGGCAAAAAUGGAAUAAAAUAUUCAUAAUUUUUUAACCUUGGUGUACAGUCACCUGAAACUAAGAAUGUUAUAUCUACAGAGUGGGAGUGGGUCCUCUUCCACAUAGAGGAAUGUUGCACAGUCCUGUUGCUACAGUCGUUCAGGAUAGACAAACAGAAAACUGGCUCAGGAGAGAGCUGUAGGCCCUUUUUUUUGUUGUUGUUGGUUGGUUGCAGUCUGCAACCACACUGCUGGAUGCCACUAAAUCCUGCAGACUGGACCUUUUUAAAAAGUGUUUGUGGGAAAAAAAAAAUCUGAUAACAAUGAAACCAAAAUGGAAACAAGUUAGAAAAACAAGCUAGUUUUUCUGAGCACACACAGCUAGUGUGUCUCCUCUCAUCAAAUACAUAUUUCUAGAAGUAAUGACUUAAAAUUGUUUCUGUUAGCGUUCUGGGUUAGUGCACGUUUAACGAGAUCUCCCUCAAUAAAAAGCACAUUUAGGAUGAGACCUGAAGAAAAUGAUAAGUUUGAAGGCAUCAGAAUUGUCAGGGAUAGCAAAUAAAUAUAAAGUUGCUAUUAAAGCCAGCAAACACUGGCUGUAAUGGAAUAUUGUUCUCUGUUCACAUCAGGAACAUGACCAAAGUCCAGCCCAAGUGACAACCCAUGCAGCUCAGACCAAGUUAACUUGUUGAACCUGCAGUCAGCCAUCCCAGGACAGCAGGUUGUGGUUUGGUUUGUUUUUCCUCCUGAUGUGAAAUGGCCCUUAAACUGCAUUAAAACAGCACUUACAGAGGUUUUAAUUUUAAUUUUUUUUUAAAAUGUAACUUCUUCAAACCUGCACUAACCUUAACCAAAUUUAAACAUAACUGAUGAUUGCAUUUCUUUGCAACACUUAAUAAUUUAUUAGCUUUCUGAGGUAAAUAUAUGUAUCAGUUUUAAGACCAUACACUCAUCUUCAGUCUUAUUGUGCCUGAGGCCUAAUCAUCCAGACUACUGUGAGUAGUAGUAGUGUGUGUUAACUUCUAGUGACAUUUUCGAUACAGUCCAAUAAACAUAUACAAACUUUUUUGCCUUUUUUGCAAUGCUGAAUAUCUAGUUUGAGUUCACUCAAAGGCUGUACUGCUUGCUGUACUGCUUGCGUCAAUGCCUGGUCAUAGUGCACAGAUAUUAGAACUAUGGCAGGAAACCUGCUGGACUUAAACCAAACUGUGUGCACUUGCAUUGGCCUGUUCUAUGUGAUUGGCUACACACAGCAUACUAUGAAUAAUAUAAAGGGAGUGUGGGAUGUAUAACAGGAUUGCAGAGUUCAGAACCACUUAGAAACUGAACGCAGUUGCAGUUAGGAACUUCAUGUCUGUCGUAUGGAACCGGUAAACCAGCUGACCUUAUUGUUCCCACAAUUUCAGUGAGGGACUGAAUCAACUUGGCAACACCUGUGCACAACAGUAGCAAUUAACGCCAAACAGAGUGAUGCAUGUUUCCCAUCCUUUUCACUUUUAAACCACCACCCCCACCAAAAAAUGCUGCAAUAUGAUCUGUUUGUUGUAUAAACUGUGUUUUUUUCUGGAAUACACCUCAUAAUGAUACAGAAAUGAGUUGGAGGCAGCUAAAAUGUGUUUGUUGCUUCUGUAAAUGGUAAACAGGCCACAUGUCUUAUUUACUUUUUCUGAAACAGCUGAGUUCUUUUUUUCUCCAUCUUCGCACUGGCCUUUGCAGAUUCAUAAGGUUUGUACAGUAUCUGAGAUUAACAUCAGCUGAAAAAUUCAGUUCAUCCGUCCUUUAUGAUGGCCUUUUGACAACAACUUUAUUCGUGUAUGUGUAUGGAUAAACAAUAAACUGUGAAAAAUGCUGUCGUUUAA